UCACAAGCUAAGCUAAGGCCUAAAGCUUGUACCUUUUUUUAGACCAAAGCCUCUGUCUUUGGGAAUAAAAUCAAGAAAGAAAAACACAAAUAUAGGAAAGAGCUUUUUCACUCUGGAAGCCUCUCUUGGAUUUGGUUCUCUUCUCAUUUGUGAGUUAAAGGAAGAAGCUUUCUUUUCUGGGAGGUUGAGAGAGAUUUGGGAUUAUCAGAAUGAGCAGCGGUUGUGGUGAUUCAAUGGAGGCUCAGUACAUAAGGAGACACCAUAGGCAUGAGCCCAGAGAGAACCAGUGCACUUCUGCUCUGGUCAGACAUGUCAAAGCCCCUGUGCAUCUUGUAUGGUCAUUGGUCAGGAGAUUCGAUCAACCUCAGAAGUACAAGCCUUUUGUUAGCAGGUGCAUCAUGAAGGGGGACCUUGGCAUCGGGAGUCUUAGGGAAGUGAAUGUUAAAUCUGGGCUUCCAGCAACAACCAGCACUGAGAGACUGGAGCUUCUGGAUGACGAUGAGCACAUUCUUGGCAUCAGGAUUGUUGGUGGUGAUCAUAGGCUCAGGAAUUACUCUUCUAUUAUCACCGUCCAUCCUGAGGUUAUAGAUGGGAGACCAGGGACACUAGUUAUUGAAUCUUUUGUGGUGGAUGUGCCUGAUGGAAAUACCAAGGAUGAGACAUGCUACUUUGUUGAGGCCCUGAUCAGGUGCAACCUCAAGUCUUUGGCUGAUGUCUCGGAGAGGAUGGCUGUCCAGGAUCGAACAGAACCUAUCAAUCAUUAGUGCAUUCGGGAGGUGAAACCGGAGUGUGAUGACUAUAGUUAUACCGGUUGUCGUUUUUGUCUCAGAUGCUGUGUAGAGUUAGUAGGAACUUUCCUUCCAUUCACAGAAGUUUUGGGAACACUGCUGGAUUUUGCAUUUCUGACCGAUGAAGAUCCUUCUCUCGUCCAAUUGCUCGUGGAUAGUCUCUUCCUCUGAAAAUCAUGUUUGUGGUUCCUUGUAGUUGUGUUUGAAGGAUGGACUUUCUAGGUUGUUAUAAGCUCUCCAUGAGUGGAAUGGGAAAGUUACUGUGAAUUUUAUUUUUCAUGGUGGUUUUGGUGGUACAAAUGUUAGUACGACUCUGCUCUGUAAAUAUUUGUCUUGGCAAAGAGAUGGUAUCUAUGGACUGGAGUUUUCAUUUUGUAGUGAAGGAAGGAUAUUCAGGGAAAGCACCACUGCUUUGUUGUCUGUAUAUACUCAUGUAUUUGUAUUCGUAAUAAAUUAUCGUAAUUGCUUGACUUC